UUUUACCAGCAGUGGAAGUAGACGAAGAAUGGAGAGAGCCGCUAGCGGCUGUUAGCGUGAAACAUCAGUAACAAGAAGAGCAAACAAGCCCUCGUGUGGAGUCCCAGACGCACAUCAAUAUUAAUAAUAAUAAUAAUUAAAAAAAAAUAACUUUCAUUCAAUCUGUGGCCUGACCGUCUGGACUCACCGCACCAACUGGGUCUUCGACAUUUGUCCGUGUCAAAUGUUGAGGUAGAGGAAGUCUUCAGAGGCAGUAGGGGAAUCUAGGGGUGGAGAAGAAGCCGUGUUGGUAAACAGCACCAAGUUCUGGCCCAUGACAGUGACUGCGCCGUCAAAGUGCUGCUAGUGACCAGGGCUGUGGCUGUGGUUGGCCCGGCCCAGGAGGCCUUAUUCUACAUCAGUCCAGGCGAGCGCUGAUGUGUGCUGCACCUGCCAUGGAUCAACAAAGGGAUAAAUAUGGCGAGCGGCCCGCCAGGAGCACUAAAGUCCCCCAGGGCAACCGCAGUGGACACCCCAGAGCAUCUGGUUCUUCGAGCUCCUCGGGGGUUCUCAUGGUGGGCCCCAAUUUUCGUGUGGGGAAGAAGAUUGGAUGUGGAAACUUUGGUGAAUUAAAGCUUGGAAAGAAUCUCUACACAAACGAGUAUGUAGCUAUAAAACUGGAACCAGUGAAGUCGAGGGCUCCGCAGCUUCACUUGGAAUAUCGGUUCUACAAAACUUUGGGAACUUCAGAGGGGGUCCCACAGGUUUUUUACUUUGGACCUUGUGGGAAAUACAAUGCCAUGGUCCUGGAGCUGCUAGGCCCAAGUCUAGAAGACCUCUUUGACCUCUGUGACAGAACCUUUUCACUGAAGACCGUCUUAAUGAUAGCUAUUCAGCUGAUUUCACGAAUGGAGUAUGUGCAUUCAAAAAAUCUCAUCUAUAGAGAUGUCAAACCUGAAAACUUCCUCAUCGGGCGGCAAGGGAAUAAAAAAGAACACAUCAUCCACAUCAUCGACUUUGGCCUGGCCAAAGAGUACAUCGACCCAGAGACCAAAAAACACAUUCCAUACCGGGAGCAUAAAAGCUUGACCGGCACUGCCAGAUACAUGUCCAUUAAUACACACUUGGGAAAAGAACAAAGCCGACGAGAUGACCUGGAGGCUUUGGGCCACAUGUUCAUGUACUUCCUUCGUGGGAGUCUUCCUUGGCAAGGACUCAAGGCUGACACACUCAAAGAACGAUACCAGAAGAUUGGAGACACAAAGAGAAACACUCCCAUUGAGGUUCUAUGUGAAAACUUUCCAGAGGAAAUGGCCACCUACCUGAGGUAUGUGAGGCGCUUGGACUUCUUUGAAAAACCCGACUAUGAAUAUCUGCGAGCUCUGUUUACCGAACUCUUCGAAAGAAAAGGAUACACCUUUGACUACACUUACGACUGGGUUGGCAGACAGAUACCCACACCAGUGGGGUCCGUCCAUAUAGAUUCUGGGGCAUCUGGAGUCACGAGAGAGAGCCACGCUCACAGGGACCGACCCUCACAGCACCCUCCAAUCAGGAAUCAGACAGCUGUCUCAGAUCGGCGAGGAGCAUGGGAGGUGCAGCCCACACGGCAAGCAAACUCCUCUUAUCUGACCUCCCACCUGGCAGCGGACAGGCACGGGGGAUCAGUGCAGGUGGUCAGUUCAACCAACGGGGAGUUGAAUGCGGACGACCCGCUGGCUCAUUCCAACGCCCCGAUAACGGCUCAGGCAGAAGUGGAAGUCGUGGACGAGGCCAACUGCGUGAAAAUGCUCAACCUGUGGUGCUGCUGCUUCUUCAAGCGAAAACGGAAGAAAAACACCACGAGGCACAAAUGAUGAGCCAGCGGCAGAGCAAAGCGUUCCACAUGUCCGGCUCGGGUGAAGGGGGUUUCAGAAGUCUGGACGGUUCCUUUCAGAUUUAAAGAUUGCUGGGACCAGUUCCAAGCGGCUCAUCAAGAUGUAUAAGAUGCCUGUGUCUUUUGAUGGGAGUUGUCUGUUUUUUUCCCCUCAUUUUUAUUUUUCCUUCCUCUGCUUAUUUAUGGUAGACGUUUGGUUGGUCAGUCCAACCAAAAGGGGGGGCCAUUUUAAUGAAAAUGUCGCAGAUGAUUAUUAUUUUUUCUCUCCCAUCAUCAUUGGUGUGUUUUUGCUCUGGUAUUCUGUGGUAUUUGCAGAGGGAGAGUUUCUUCUUCCUGUGGAAUUUACCGCCGGUUGUGUGCCGUCGUUUCCGCUCACACCGCUUUGAUUUAACCCUCAUCCAGAUCCCACACCGUCGGUUUGAGUUCGCCGACUCGCGGUGGCUUUUUUUGCGGUCAUUCCUGACGCAGGACUGAAUGUAAACCUGAACACAGGAGGAGCCGAGCGCGUCGCCAUGCCGACCACCAGGUCUGCCGUUUGGCCCCCCCCCUGCACUUUUUUCUCUUCUCCAAAGAGGUCAAAGGUGGCCCCUGGGAUCCAGGCCGAAAGCAAAGCAGACAACCAGAGACAUGUCCCGUACCGUGUCCACUGAUGAUCGUGCUCGCCUCUUUAACACACUACAAGCUCUUUUUACUCCUGCCGGCGCUGCGGCCCUGAAGACCCCCACGUUUGGAGGCGGGGCCUAAAAAACCUAUUUAUGCUAUUUAUCUCUUGUUUGCCACUAGUUUUCCUACAAAUUGUUGCAUACACCCUGAAUGUAUGGACAGGAAAGCGUUUGUAUUAUCUGUCAUGAACACGGGGAGUCAGUGGGAGGCCAGAUCUGAACGUGAAAAAGAGAAAAGGGACUCCUACCAGCGGCAGACAUGGGGGGGGGGAGUGACGGAAGGAAGCGGCACCACCUGCUUUGGAGAAUCACAAAUGCUUUGUCCAAUGCCUUAACCCCCCACCCCACCCACUCACAAACACUGCGCCGACGCCGUCAUUUCCUGCAGGCGUCACAGUGAACACACUGAAGAUGUUUGUAUCCCGCCGAGAGUCAAGCCUGCAGACGGCGGCCUUCUCCGUCGUUCUCAUUUCCUUUCAGAUGCUAAUGUGAAUUGUUUUAGUCUGCAUUAUGGUGUCCAUUCCAAAUAGCCAUGGAUUGAUAGAGGGGGGGGGGGGGGAGACAAACAAAGAAGCUUGAGAAAACGACUUACUGCACUACAUUUGUUUGACCCCCAGCUGCCUUCAGACAUGCUUUAUUUCUUUUUUUUUCUAUUAUUUUAACUUCAUGUGAACCUUCACCUUCCCUAAAAGCUGCAAGGAAGCGCUCCCGUCGCCCCCCCCCCCCGUUUCGGUCUCCCCUCCUCUUUUGUGCCAUGAUCCCCCCCUCCCACUCAACACGACCGGUGGCUCUUUGGCGGAGAGUCAUUUGCUUUCGAAUGUCAAUGUUGCAUAUUAUCUCAGUGAGUCAGUAUGUAAACCUGCUCGUUGUUUGUAUUUACACUGUAUAGCCUUUUGGUUUUUUAAGCCCCACCCACCGCACCCCGACAUGUCAGCAACUCUAAGUUAUUGUGUUAUUGAAAGUACUUGAAGCUCUUUCUGUUCAUUUACUGGAAAGUCCUUUCGUGCUUGGAGGCUCCGAGGGGGAAUUUAGGGUGGAAAAGGGGGCGGGGUUCAUGUUAUAGUGCCUCGUGUGGUGGCAGCGGGGAGAUCUGCCGCCCGUCAGACCCCGACCUGCGGGUUCAAACGACCCUGCUAAGGUUUAGUAUUUGCCGGCCCAAAACACAAUCUAGGCUUCAAUCUCACAGGAAUUCCCUGAGUGCCAUUUCUGAGACGACUACUAUCCCAUGCCUUUUAUCUGUGCCAGGAAACAUGAAAAUGAAUGUUUUUCUUCUUUUUUUUUUUCGUUCUUCUUCUUCCACACUCCACUGUAAUGUCCUUUAGUGUGUGCACUACCAGAAAAAACUCAAACGCAGUGAUGCGGAUCAGUAUCUGAAAGUCAGAGCAGGUAUAAUCCGACUGAACAAGCUGAAAGAGUCCUUCCUAUCCCACCAACGCCACAUUCCAUUUCUGUGUUGUUGUUUUUUUUGUAACUUAUUCCCGUUUGUCACUGCAAAAGACGACUCAAGUGUGAAUGAACGACUUUUCUGGCACUUUUUUUAUUCCUCCUUGUUGCUGUACUGUAGAACUGUGUUUGAUUUACUGUAUAGUUUCCUUCCAGGGAGAGGUGUCGGGUGAUAUUUACUGCAAUAUUGUGAUGCUUAUUUGAACUGUAAAUUGUACAGAGUUCACAACUGUAGUCUUUGUUGAAAAACCAUAUAAAUGAUGUGUUCUUUAAUUUUUUGUUUUCCUUUUUUUCCCUCACUGUGGAAAAUCAACAUGUACAGCUCAAAGAGUUUAUCCUGUCCUAAGGUUUUUUUUAGAGCUAUGAUUGAGAGAAUUCUUAAAACUGUAAAUAAAUAUUAUUGUGUUGAAAUAUGAAUGUCACCUGAAAAUGUAUUUGAAUGAGGUAGUCAAGGGCUUCAAGAGUGAAGGACCCACAUUUGUUCUUUUUGUGAUUUUUUUUUAUUUACAGAAAGGUUAAGGUCCUUUCAUCUGAGAUGACUGCCCCCCCCCCUUCCUUGCAUUCAUACAUUACAGCGUCUCACAUGGAUCUUAAAGAAGUCUCAAGUCCCUCCACACCUUAAAGGGAAUUCCAGUUUGCACCCUUUUUUAUGUCAAAUAAAAGAUCUUUCCUCCUCGUGA